UUCCUAUCACGAAUUACUCCUACCUUUUUUCUUUCAGAUCUUUCCCUCAAGAUGCCGUCGCUUCCCGGCAACCCCGAAUUCCGUCUCUCCUCCUCCGCCGCCGCGGCCGUAAGCAUCUCCAAAACUCCCAAAUUUAGGCCUUGGCAGCGUGGUCCUCUGCUCCGGCGGGAUUCGGGGAUCUCACAGAAUUCGCCGAUGUGAAGUUAUAUUAUGAGGUAGGCGGUCCUGCUUUCCCACGCUUCAUUUGAACUUGUCAAUCAGUUUGGUUCUCGGAAUCGAUCACCAAUCCUCGUUGAUUUGGAUCUAUUUGCUGCGAUGUUGAUUUGAAUUUCUAGUUGUUGAGAUUUCACUAGAUGAAUUUUCAUCCAUGCUCGAUUUGGUUUGUUUCUUUCUUUUCGAGCCCCCAAUUAGACUACGAAUCUUUAUUUUGAUCCAAAGCUUGAUUCCUGUUUAAUUAUACAAUCACAUAAAUUUAAUUGAACAUAAAGCAACGCAUUUCUCAUCUCUUUCACCCAUCUAUGGAGCAUUUGGGUUCUCUAUCUUCAAUUCCAACCCCUUACAAAUCUACUUACAAAUUUGUAAAUAAAUGGGUCAUAUAACUUAUAAGGAUAUAAAUUCGAUUAUAUACAAUAAACUUUGUAUUCGUUUUUUAAAAUUUUCACAUACUGUUUGACAAAUCUUCGAGUAUAGUAAUAUUUUAUAUCCCUUGUAACAUUUCGGAUGCUCAUACAGAUCCGACAAUAAUCUGAUGACAAUUAAAUGAAAUUUUGUAUGAGUUACUUCUUACAUUAUAAAUAAAAAUUAAUAAAUAUAAUAAGUUCGACUCGCGAGAUUUGUGGAUCGUAAAAAUUAUCUUCAUAUCGUCUAUAUCAUUCUUUGUUGUUUGACAUGUGUACUUUCAAGGCAUAACUGGAAUUGUAGAUGUUACGAGGCAGGCAACUCACAACGUAGUUGCUUUGGGACAAUUAUUCUGGUCAAUAAAGUGGUAUACAAGUUGGAAGUUGAAGCAUUCAAACGGCGUGGUGUGGAUUGACUCACGGCGUUUGGAUUUACACGUGGGGGCUCUUCUUCAUCUUCUUCCACACGGAAAACCUGUGGCUGAAUUCAUCCCGAUCCAACUCACCUAAUUCCGCCGCCGUUUUAGAAUAUUUCCCAGUCACACAAUUAAAAUAACAGGAUUCUGGGCUGGGCCCAUUGUAGUUGAACAGUCCCAACCACUUAAUAAAUAUUUAUUUAUUUCACCCGUGGGCUUGCCUCGGAUUCUCUUGUCACUCCGGAUCCGCCCACAAAUAAAGAAAACUAAUUAAUUAUGUUUUAAUUGGCCAAAAAAAAAACUAAUUAAUUAUGUUUUACACAUUAGGUAACCCGACUGUCAGUUUAUCAAAACGCUUUCCGCCCACUAAAAAAGGCGGAGAAUUCUAAAGCGUGUUCGAGAAGCAGCCGAGUAGCCGACUUGGACCGACCAUAUCAACCACGUCAUCACACGGGCAGCACAGCCCAACUUGGCCACUUUCACCUCCUGCUCGACUCAUCAUCCGCCUCCCUCGACUCUCAAACGGCUAGUUUUUCUUCCCCCCAUCUCCGCCAAUAUUAAUAUUUUUAAAAAUUAACCGCCAAAGGAUAAACUUCCCCACGAAGCACAAAAUCUUUUUUUCCUAGGAAACCUCCAGUAUUUUCUCGGCCUGCCCAAUCCAAAGCCCACCACCAGCCCAGAUAUUUCUAUUAUUUUAAUAUUAUUUUUUUUUUACUGCCUUUUUCCAUCUCCUUUCCCUCUUUCCUUUUUCCAACUUCCCCUCUGGUAUAUAAAACCCCCCAAAACCUCCCCGUCAUUUUUUAAAAGCAACUCGGUAAAGAGAUUUGAUUCACUUACCAUUUCCACUAGCUUCCGCUCAAGAAAAUUUAGGGUUUCCCAAAUCCGAUUCAGAUCUCCCUUUCUUCGAUUCUGCCUCAGAUUCUCGUUCGGAAUCUAAUUUGAGAAGACAGUAAUGGCGCUGGGACGAAGAUGCAGUUCAAUGAGGUGGUCGUCUUCAAGCUGCUACGCUGCCGCGGAGGGCGGCAGCUGCGGAGAGGAGUGUCCGCCGUUCGAGUUCGGGAGGGUCCGGUCGUUUGGGAGGAAGAGGAUUGUCGUCUCGCAGAAUCUGGCUUGCUGCUGGGAUUCGGAGAUGAGUCCUCGGACUCCAUUGAAGAGGCUCUGCAGCGAGCCGUUGGCGCUGGACGCGGUAAUGGCCGAAAUCGACGAGCAGCGGGCGGAGAAGAAGUCUGUUCUCGCGAGCUUGCCGCAGGACAUUCUGAUUAAGGUGCUCUGUGGAGUGAACCACGAAGAUCUAAAGCAGCUUCUCCUCGUCUCCAAAUCAAUCUCCGAAGCUACUUUGAUUGCGAAGGAAUCACACUUCGCCUACAGCACGCCGACGAAGGUGCGUGCAUUCCGUUCACCGACGAUCGAUUACGUCAGCGAAAUCGACGAGAUCGAAGCGCCUGGAGCUCCUAAUAGAGCAGCUCGCCGGCUUCCCAAACCGCGGCUGAGCGACAAGGAGGUUUCGGAUUUGUCAGUGGCGCUCUUCUCGGACGCUUCUUCGCCGCCGAAGAGGAAGAAGAAGGGAUUGUUCAUGGACAUGGAGAUGUGAGAAGAGAAGAGAAGAGAAGAAGUAGCGAUGUGUACAUAAUCACACGGAGUUUCUGUCUGUUUGUUUGUUGUAGAUACAGAGGCGAAAGGUAGAAACACGAGAUAGAACCACCAUAGAGAGAGGCCAGAUGUUUGUGCAGAGAUUCCUUCCUUCUUCAACGUUUCCAAUUGAAGAUCCGAGGGUAUCUGUACAUGUUCUUGGCUUAGAAACACUUUGUAAUUUAUUACUUUCGUAGCCUCUUUUUUAGGGUUUCUGCAUUUGAAUCGGAAGGGGCAGCCUCUGCCCAUUCUGCUUGAUAGAGUUAUCGAAAAGCUUCAUUGAGCUGCAGUUGUUUAGAUCUCUUUUUCUUUCUUUUGUCUGGGAUUUUCUGGCUUCUUAUGAGCUAGGGUUCUCUUUACCUCGUAUCGAGGGAGGAACAUAUUUGUUUCCUAUUUUGCGUUAUUUGAUGAACAUUGCAGUGUGAGUAUAUCUUGACUACACGUUUUGUUACCAUUUUCAUCCUUGGAUAUUCGGUAUAAUAAUGUGAAUAGAAAUUCGCAUCGACGAAUGUUCAUACUUGAUAUUUCCAUUUUGUUUGUUUUGGCCUUGGUGAUCUUUACGAUUUGUUCUUAUUCUAGAUAUCCACUCAAAUUCGAUUUUAAGUCCGACGAUGAUAUUCUGCCAUCCUGAUUGCAAGUUGGAUCAACAAAUCUGAUUCUAAAAAGAAUUUGUUUGUUAAAUUUGCGUGAUUAAGCAUUAAGAAAGCCCAGGGCACAUGACUGGUAAGGGUCUGGUUUCCAAGCAGAAGCUGAGCUGUAAAAAGGGUAACUGUUUCGGACUCUACAGCGCGGAUCAAGCCGUAACCGUCUAAUCAAAGACAGUUGUUCGCUGCUUUGCACGAUGGGAUUGGUCAUUGGUGGUGGAUUUUAUUUAUUUACUAGUGUGGGCCCCGGCCAUUUGGCCGGAGGAAGGUAGGAUGGCGAUGGGUCGGGUUUUGCCAAAUUCAAAUCCAAAUUCAUGGGUUUAUUCGUGAAAAAAAUUCGGGGUAAAAUCCACUGGGUUUGAAAAACUCAAACCCAACUCAACCCCCUGGGUAUCCGCGGGUUCAUGGGUACCCACAGGUUCUUGUCUUAAAAAAUUUACAAUAACAAGUUGCUAUCAAAAUUAAAGUCAAAUAUCAAUCUCUCAAUACAAAUUAUCCAUAUAUAAAAUACCAUUCUAGAAAAUUCAAGCAAAUAAGAAAUUAUCCAUAAAUAACAUGAUUAAUUGAAAGCUUCUUCCUUUCAAUUAAGUUUCUUCACUCUCCCCUCGAUAACAUCAACUUCAUUCUACACAAUUAGAAAGAAAAAAUUAGACAUGUCUCCACAAACAUAAAUAAGAUAAGUUGUUUAGAAUAUUAAAUAUAUCGAGAAAAUUAAUUAUAUGGGUGUGGGCGUGUACGCAUGGGUCGGGUUUACCUAAACCCAAACCCAACCCAACCCGAUGAAUAUUGAACGGGUUUAAACCCAAACCCAGCCCAAAACCCGUCAACACGGAUUUUACCCGCGUUGACCAAGUUGGGUAGGGUGGGUACCCGUGGGUUCGGAUUUUGUUUUCAUCCCUAGAGGAAGGUGAGGUAUGAAAUUUGAUAAUGUAAUGGGGUGUAUAACUUAUUGUUGUAUAGUUUUUUUUUUGGGAAACACGUGAUAAAAAUAGUGAAUUUUAGCAGGAAAGAGACAUUAAUGAUGCAACAAAUCAAAAAUCGGCCUUAUGAACCAAAAUCAAGUACCUGUUACCUUGUGAAACAAUAUUGUUUCUGGUAAUAUGAUGAGGUGGAGUAAGUUUUAUAGAAACUGAAUUCCAGAAAAUCGAAUAAAAAAUCGCAUAUCCCGUCGGUUUUCGGGAAAUGAGCAUUUCACAAUCGUUGCUAGCUUUUACUCGGCCUGUUGGUCGAUUAAUUUGGUUUAUAAAACUUUCAUCUUGUCGUCAUUGUGCUUUCUGGUUUUUUUCAGGCUAUGAUAAAAUCUAACGAAAUAAAGAACGAACAACACGAUUUGGGAUAGGAACCGUCGUUGUCGUAUCCCUAGAAAAUGGUGGUAAACACGGACUCACCUGCCAAACUGGUUUGGAUUGAGAUUUUUAUCGGGUAUCAGGGAACCAUGUGAUUAUAAAUUAGACUUUAUCAAAAGGGGCCAAAACUUGAAAUGCAGCCUGUUUGACCGACCCAUGCCAAAUUCUAUUUAUUCUUUACUUUUAAACUUUUUAUUUGAAAAUAAAAAAUAGUGAAAGAAAAGAGAUGACUGCUAUUUGCACGUCACUUAUUCGGGAAUAAAACCAUAGAAAUUCAAAAGGAACUGAAAAUGUUAGGAUCGGUUUAAUGUUUAAAAUAACCAAAUAGAUCUUUCUGUUUAGUUUUUUACUAACAAAUACCAAACGAUUCCCUAUAAAAUACACUAUGAUUUGAUCAUUAUGAUAUCAAAUAAUCAUAUAAUAUAUAUUUGAAAUGAUAAAAAUUGGACUAAUUGGGUUGGUCGAGGUUGAACCAUUGAAUAACUUUAAAAUACAUUAUAUUUUAGCCACUAAGAUAUAAAAUAAUAGCAUAAUAUAUUAUGCCAGAGAAAAUAGCUUGUUUUAGAAUGUCAAACCAAUGAUGUUCAUUUGUUUUACUUGAUGGCCAAAUCCCAUAUAGGUCAAACCAAUUCAACUCUUUUAUUUUAUGGUUAGCGGUUAGCCCAUUAGAUAUCAUGCAUUAGUUUAUUGUUAAAUUUUUUAUAUUUAGCAAUAAAAAGAAGUAUUGUUUUUGCGUCUUCAUAUAUAUUUUAUCACCACGGAGAAAUAAAAGGGCUUAAUGAAAAAAUUGACACUCUUGAACCCGUUUAAAUCCGCAUGUGUACGGUAAGUUGGCCCGUUCCAAAGAGAAAAGAGGAAAAAAUUGACACUCCCUAUUCUAUCAUUCCUACAAACGCUCCUGGAGCAGGAAAUUUGAAAUGGGGGAAGGGUUUUUCCUCUCUGCUAUUAUAUCUUUUUAAUUUAAAAAGAUGCAACAAAUGUACUUAGUGUGAUUGGUUAUGAUCCUUAUUUUUCCUUAAAAUGGUCAUGGUUCGAAUCCCACUACGUGUCUCUUUAAUGAAUUAAAAAAAGUAAGUGUGAAGACCAAAAUGUCCUUCCUACUUUCACUCUCGUUGCAGGAAAUUUGAAAUGGGGCUCCCGUUUUUCCCUUCGGUGUAUUAUAUUAUGUGUAGAUACAAAUUAUCCAUAUAUAAAAUACCAUUCUAGAAAAUUCAAGCAAAUAAGAAAUUAUCCAUAAAUAACAUGAUUAAUUGAAAGCUUCUUCCUUUCAAUUAAGUUUCUUCACUCUCCACUCGAUAACAUCAACUUCAUUCUACACAAUUAGAAAGAAAAAAUUAGACAUGUCUCCACAAACAUAAAUAAGAUAAGUUGUUUAGAAUAUUAAAUAUAUCGAGAAAAUUAAUUAUAUGGGUGUGGGCGGGUACCCAUGGGUCGGGUUUACCUAAACCCAAACCCAACCCAACCCGAUGAAUAUUGAACGGGUUUAAACCCAAACCCAGCCCAAAACCCGUCAACACGGAUUUUACCCGCGUUGACCAAGUUGGGUAGGGUGGGUACCCGUGGGUUCGGAUUUUGUUUUCAUCCCUAGAGGAAGGUGAGGUAUGAAAUUUGAUAAUGUAAUGGGGUGUAUAACUUAUUGUGGUAUAGUUUUUUUUGGGAAACACGUGAUAAAAAUAGUGAAUUUUAGCAGGAAAGAGACAUUAAUGAUGCAACAAAUCAAAAAUCGGCCUUAUGAACCAAAAUCAAGUACCUGUUACCUUGUGAAACAAUAUUGUUUCUAGUAAUAUGAUGAGGUGGAGUAAGUUUUAUAGAAACUGAAUUCCAGAAAAUCGAAUAAAAAAUCGCCUAUCCCGUCGGUUUUCGGGAAAUGAGCAUCUCACAAUCGUUGCUACCUUUUACUCGGCCUGUUGGUCGAUUAAUUUGGUUUAUAAAACUUUCAUCUUGUCGUCAUUGUGCUUUCUGGUUUUUUUCAGGCUAUGAUAAAAUCUAAGGAAAUAAAGAACGAACAACACGAUUUGGGAUAGGAACCGUCGUUGUCGUAUCCCUAGAAAAUGGUGGUAAACACGGACUCACCUGCCAAACUGGUUUGGAUUGAGAUUUUUAUCGGGUAUCAGGGAACCAUGUGAUUAUAAAUUAGACUUGAUCAAAAGGGGCCAAAACUUGAAAUGCAGCCUGUUUGACCGACCCAUGCCAAAUUCUAAUUAUUCUUUACUUUUAAACUUUUUAUUUGAAAAUAAAAAAUAGUGAAAGAAAAGAGAUGACUGCCAUUUGCACGUCACUUAUUCGGGCAUAAAACCAUAGAAAUUCAAAAGGAACUGAAAAUGUUAGGAUCGUUUUAAUGUUUAAAAUAACCAAAUAGAUCUUUCUGUUUAGUUUUUUACUAACAAAUACCAAACGAUUCCCUAUAAAAUACACUAUGAUUUGAUCAUUAUGAUAUCAAAUAAUCAUAUAAUAUAUAUUUGAAAUGAUAAAAAUUGGACUAAUUGGGUUGGUCGAGGUUGAACCAUUGAAUAACUUUAAAAUACAUUAUAUUUUAGCCACUAAGAUAUAAAAUAAUAGCAUAAUAUAUUAUGCCAGAGAAAAUAACUUGUUUUAGAAUGUCAAACCAAUGAUGUUCAUUUGUUUUACUUGAUGGCCAAAUCCCGUAUAGGUCAAACCAAUUCAACUCUUUUAUUUUAUGGUUAGCGGUUAGCCCAUUAGAUAUCAUGCAUUAGUUUAUUGUUAAAUUUUUUAUUUUUAGCAAUAAAAAGAAGUAUUGUUUUUGCCUCUUCAUAUAUAUUUUAUCACCACGGAGAAAUAAAAGGGAUUAAUGAAAAAAUUGACACUCUUGAACCCGUUUAAAUCCGCAUGUGUACGGUAAGUUGGCCCGUUCCAAAGAGAAAAGAGAAAAAAAUUGACACUCCCUAUUUUAUCAUUCCUACAAACGCUCCUGGAGCAGGAAAUUUGAAAUGGGGGAAGGGUUUUUUCCUCUCUGCUAUUAUAUCUUUUUAAUUUAAAAAGAUGUAACAAAUGUACUUAGUGUGAUUGGUUAUGAUCCUUACUUUUCCUUAAAAUGGUCAUGGUUUGAAUCCCACUACGUGUCUUUUUAAUGAAUUAAAAAAAGUAAGUGUGAAGACCAAAAUGUCCUUCCUACUUUUACUCUCGUUACAGGAAAUUUGAAAUGGGGCUCCCAUUUUUGCCUUCGGUGUAUUAUAUUAUGUGUAGAUUUAUGUUUUGGAAUUUCAAAUGAUUGUCAACUUGGCGUUGAAUCUCUCAACUCAAGAAAAGAUAAAUGAAGUAUUUGAUGAACA